AUGUGCAAAAUAAGUAAGCUUCCUUGGGAUAGUUGUAUAAAUCUGAUGGAUGACAUCUUGCGAGCUCCUAAAGGAAAACUUACACCAUCUGUCAGUUCUCAGCCAUCGUUCACUUACAGCACUCAACCUGCUUCAAAUUGGUAUCAAGCAUCACAACCUUCGGUUCAGCAGUCAAACCCUGUGGCGUCUGGUGUACCAGAUGCUGGUUUGGAUUUGAUAGAUUAUGAUUUAUUGAAAGAGGAACUUGAUCAAAGCAACAACUUUUCUGCAGGGGAAUCAAGAUCUGUCUAUGUGAAGAAUCUGCCUUCUAGUGUUACUAGUCUAGAUAUUCUUCAAGAGUUUAAGAACUUUGGGAAAAUCAAACACGAUGGAUUCUUCUUAAAAUAUCUCCAGGAUACUGGUGUUUUCUAUGCGUUCGUUGAGUUUGAAGAUGUGCAGAUUGCUCGGAAUGCUAUCAAGGCAUCUCCUGUUCAGUUGGCUGGAAGGCCAGUUUACAUUGAGAGAAGACCAAAUAACAGCAGUGCUUCUCGUGGAGGGAAUAUGUCUCCAUAA